AGCCCGCGCCGCCGCGAUGGCGGAGGACAGCGAGUCUGCUGCCAGCCAGCAAAGCUUGGAGCUGGACGAUCAGGACACGUGCGGGAUAGACGGCGACAAUGAGGAGGAGACAGAGCACGCCAAAGGAAGUCCUGGAGGAGAUUUGGGAGCCAAAAAGAAAAAGAAGAAACAGAAGAGGAAAAAGGAGAAGCCAAAUUCCGGAGGCACCAAGUCAGAUUCUGCAUCUGAUUCCCAGGAGAUUAAAAUUCAGCAGCCAUCAAAACACAAUACCAUCUGGCAGCAGAUUUCAGCGGGAACAGCCAUGGAAUACCACCAUCCCAAUGCAGAAGCUGCAGGAUAUCCAGAGAGCAAUGGAGCUUUUAUCCGCGUGCCAGGGCCCAGCCAGGAACAUUGACGAAGCUGCGAAACACAGAUACCAGUUUUGGGACACACAACCAGUACCCAAGCUAAAUGAAGUAAUAACAUCACAUGGUGCAAUUGAGCCAGAUAAAGACAAUGUACGCCAGGAACCAUACUCUUUGCCACAGGGUUUUAUGUGGGACACUUUAGAUUUGAGUAAUGCUGAAGUGUUGAAGGAGUUAUACACUCUGCUAAAUGAGAAUUACGUAGAAGAUGAUGACAAUAUGUUCCGGUUUGACUAUUCACCUGAAUUCUUGCUGUGGGCUCUGCGUCCCCCAGGGUGGCUCCCUCAGUGGCACUGUGGAGUCAGAGUGUCUUCAAAUAAAAAACUAGUAGGGUUCAUAAGUGCCAUCCCUGCGAACAUUAGGAUCUAUGACAGUGUGAAGAAGAUGGUUGAAAUCAACUUUCUUUGUGUUCACAAGAAAUUGAGAUCAAAGCGGGUAGCCCCAGUGUUAAUUCGAGAGAUAACCAGAAGAGUGAACCUGGAAGGGAUUUUCCAGGCUGUUUACACUGCAGGAGUGGUUCUACCAAAGCCAGUGGCUACGUGCAGAUACUGGCAUCGAUCACUAAACCCCAGAAAAUUGGUAGAAGUGAAAUUUUCUCACUUGAGUAGAAAUAUGACUUUACAGAGAACAAUGAAGCUAUACAGACUUCCAGAUGUUACGAAGACUUCAGGUUUGAGACCAAUGGAACAAAAAGAUAUCAAAGCGGUCCGAGAACUAAUCAACAGUUACCUGAAGCAGUUUCAUCUAGCUCCAGUGAUGGAUGAAGAGGAAGUCGCCCACUGGUUCCUUCCCCAGGAGCACAUUAUUGACACCUUUGUAGUAGAGAGCUCAAGUGGUAAACUAACUGACUUCCUGAGCUUCUACACACUCCCCUCAACAGUCAUGCAUCACCCAGUCCACAAGAGCCUCAAAGCUGCGUAUUCCUUCUACAACAUUCACACGGAGACACCCCUCUUAGACCUCAUGAAUGAUGCACUCAUUAUAGCCAAGCUGAAAGGAUUUGAUGUAUUCAAUGCACUAGAUUUGAUGGAAAAUAAGACAUUCUUGGAAAAACUAAAAUUUGGUAUAGGAGAUGGCAAUUUGCAGUAUUACUUGUACAACUGGAGGUGUCCAGGAACAGAUUCUGAGAAGGUUGGACUUGUAUUACAGUAGAUGAAUAUUUUUAUUUCUAGAACUUUCAUCAUCGUUUAUUACUAUUCUGUAUAAUGAUUCCUGGAACUGCCAUUCCAAAGAAAAGUAAAAGCACAACUUAAGUGAAAUUGAAGCAGUUGAUAACAAUCAGAAAAGAUGAGAAAACAUCCACCUGUGACCAGUUCUGCACGUUUCUAGCUAGAACGUAAAACUUCCUCCUUUUUUUGCACUGUUUACCCUUUGGGGGAGGGAUGAAGGGUACAAAGAGCACAUUCCUCUAGUUUUCAGUUCUUGGUUGUCUCUUGAUAAGAACUAUUUUUCCACUCUUUAGCAAAGGGACUGUUUUUGUAUGGACUGCAGAAAAGUUAUGGAGUCAUGUAAGAAAUUCUUUGCUAUUGUGUGAAGAUAAACGGCUGCAUUUCUAUUUAUUACGUGUCGGUAUAUUUGUCAGUAACAGAACAAAGGAUCCUUUCUGAAAUCUUUUACUUAACAUGGCGUCACUGGGCAAAUUUAUGGAAUCAACACUUUCGUAAUACAAGUGAAUACUUAAGUAUGGAGCAAUAGAAAAAUGCACUGAUGACCAGUACAUAUUUAUUUCUCCACAAGCAAAGUUGCCAAAUCAAUACGAACACAAACUUGUUCUUUGAUCUUCAAGGAUCAGUGAACUGGUUCAAAAGCAAAGUUUUUGUAAAAACAUUAAGAAUGUCCUCUCAAAGA